AUGCCUGGAGGACGUCCAAAGAAGUAUGCUACUGCUAGCAAAGCAGCAGAGGCAAAAAAAGAGCGCAAUCGACAACAGUACCUCCGCAAACAAAUCCCUCAGCCUCAAGGACCUCCUCUGAUUAUUGCUUAUGAGCCUAUCCUCACUGGAGACACACCACGCCCAACACCUGCAAAUACAGGGCUGCGCAUCAGCUCCAAUAACCCUACACCUGGCAACAACACAAACCAUCCCAGCCACCAGCUAGCAGAGGAGCAUCUGGCAUGGCAGAACCCUUGUGCUGUUCCUUCCGCU